CUGGAGCGCACACAGGCAGCCCCCCUAACCCCUGUGAGCACGGCUCUGACUGCUGAGAUCUCUGCCCAGAAAGGCUGGUCUCUCCUGGCCGUCGGACUUAGCCACUGGCAGCGGGCCAGGCAGUGCUUCGAGGAGGCCCUAGCGCAGGACCCAGGCAGCAGGGAGCUCCAUGCUGGGCUGGCCUCAGCCCUUUAUGCUGCUUCGAUCCACUCCUCAGAUCCUGGGCUGAAGGGGGAAGCGAUGAGGCAGCUGGAGGAGGUUGUGCAGCAGCAGCCAGAGAACCGUAGGGCCAAGGUUUUUCUAGCAUGCCUACUUGACCAGGAGGAGCAGCAGGAGAGGGUGGAGGCACUGAUCACAGCUGCAGUGGAAAGCUGCUGUGAUGCCGAGGUCCUCAGAAUUGCAGCCAAGCUCCUCCAGCAACACAACCUAGAGAGAUCCACCAGGCUGCUGCAACAGGCUGUUCAAGAGGCCCCCGAUUACCACCUCGUCCACCAGACCAUGGGCAGAAGCUUAACAAAGCAAUGGUACCACGCUAAGGGAGAGAGGAAGGAGCAGCUGCUGCAAGCUGCCAUCAGCGCCAUGAAGGAGGCAGUCAUUCGAGAUCCAGGCUCUGUGUUCAUUAAGCUGCAGCUGGCCGAGCUGUACGGAGAGAGAGACCCAUCCUGGGAGGAGCAGAUAUACCUGGAGCUGGAGCGGGAGGCUCUGGGGUUCAGCCUGCGGUGCCGCCAGGCCCUGUGCCUGUCCUAUGGGAAGUUCCUCAUGUACAAGAGGAGGGCACUGCAGCAGGCGGCCAAAAAGCUGCAAGAUGGCUACACUAUCCCCAUCGCCACACCAGAGAGGAUGCAGUGCUGCCAAAAGCUGAACAAAUUGAUUCAGUGGCUGAACAAAUCAGACCCCAGUAAGGCAAAGGCCAUUGAGCACUUCAUUCAGGAGAUGGAUAGUGUGGUGGCAGUACAGGAUGCAGUGGGCCUGCAAGAGGAGGAUGAGUAAUGUGAAGACCACAGCCCAGAGGGGGCCCAUCCUGAGCUGAGAGCAGGAGGGUCUGUGCUCCCAGCCCCGGCUCUCACCCCCCACCCCCCACCCCCAGGGCUGCGGCCUGUGGGCUUCUGAAUCCUUUGUGAGCUGUUGCUCUGUACAGCUGUUGCAGCCAGGCUUUCCUUGCUUUUGCGGAGUAGGUGAAGUUCAGACAGGCCCCAUGAGAAUGUGCUAGGCCAGGAGAGGACAUAAGAGGGGAGCUGGGAGCUGAGAAAGGCUGGGUCAGAUCCAGGACACUUGGUCAGUGGUUUAAGGGCAGUGACCGCGACGUGACACAGGGCAGGGGCUUUUGGACGUGUCUAUGCCACUUGGGUCCAGUGACUCUGGAAGCUGGAGACUGAGGCCGGGAGAGGGAGGGCUACAAGGGGGCACGGACCCAGCGCAGUGCUGCUGUGGCACCUACUUGCCAAGGUUCCCGCCUGCAGGUGUUUGAAGGUCCGGCAGGGCACUUCUGAGAACGGGACUGCUGAGACAGGGUAGGGUUUCCUGCAUGCACUGCUCACCGCUCAGCUGUUCUUUGUGCUGCAGGAGGUUGCACCCUAGGGGUUUGAGAUCCCCAUGUCCUGCUUCUUUGGACAUGUCUAGGUCUCUGCAUCUAGAUCUCUCUUGCAUGCUUGGCUUGUCUGGGAUUAUCCUGUCCUUGCUUAGCAGCAUUGUGCUAUGGAGAUCCUUCAUAAACUUCCACUUUUG